AUGACUCACGUUUUACCUUAUGUGUGCAAAUCGUCAACAAGAACUUUGGAGUUGUUCGAAAUAAUCUUACUGCAUCUUAUUCAUCAUAUCAUCCCAAAAGAGAGAAAGUACUGGGCGUGAGAAAUGGCUCCUGCUGCGGAAACAAGAAUGACAGGAGUCGUUGCAGCCACAUUUACUCCAUUAACGCCAGAAGGUGAAAUCAACUUGUCUGUGAUUGGACCUUACAUUGACUAUUUGAUUGAGAAGCAAAAUGUAAAAAGUAUAUUUGUGAAUGGAACAACUGGCGAGAGCGUGUCUUUAAGUUUGGCUGAAAGGAAGGCAUUGGCUGAAGACUGGUGCCAUAAAGCCAAGGGAAAAAUGGAUCAGGUGAUAGUGCAUGUUGGUUGCAUGUGCCUAAGAGAUUCUCAGGAAUUAGCGUGCCAUGCGGCUCAAAUUGGGGCAGAUGGGAUAGCUGUCAUCUCCCCAUCCUUCUUCAAACCCAGCACUGCAGAUGACAUAAAAGCAUUUCUGCGAGAGGUGGCUUCGGCAGCUCCUACUCUACCCUUCUAUUACUAUCAUUUACCAGCCAUGACUGGAGUGAAUGUGCCUGUGCGAGAUGUGCUGAAUGACAUUGAAGAGCUUGUUCCCUCCUUCAGAGGAAUAAAGUUUAGUGGGUGUGACCUUAUGGAUUUUGGUCAGUGUGUUAGCAAAAGUCGGCCACAUUGGGCUGUGGUUUAUGGCGUAGAUGAGCAAUUACUUGCUGGUCUUGCAAUGGGUGCAAAUGGUGCAGUAGGCAGCACCUAUAACUAUGUAGGAAGUUAUAUGAACAAGCUGAUGACUGCUUUUGAAAAUGGUGACCAAUUGCAAGCUCGGGCAAUACAAUUCAAGUUGCAAGAACUUUUAAGUUUUGCCAUGAAAAACAGAUUUGACGUGGGAGUGAACAAGCAGCUGAUGUCUGAUGUGUCUGGCUUGAGCCUUGGUCCACCUCGACUUCCUCUGGUUCAGUGUCCACAAGAUUAUGCAAAGUCCAUCUUUCAGAAAUAUAACAGCCUCUUUCAGGACUCUAGGUGAAUUUGAAGGCAAAUGUGAGCCCUACAAAUAUAAGAGCUCCCUGGUAGUUACUGAAAUUUUGCUUAAAUUUAUUGUAAGCUCAUUUAAUGCUUAUAUGUUUUUGUGUUCAUAUUACCCAUCCUCACAAAUUAUGUUCUUUAUUUCAUAUAAACUACACUUACAUUCUAGCCAAAAGGUAGGGUGUUUGUUUUAAUCAGCAGUAUUACUUUGGUAUUGUUCCAUGUUUUUAUUGCAAAGGGAAUAUUUUAAUCACCACUACUAGGCUAUAUUAGAGUUGUAAAAUUAAGCUAUAUAUAACUGCUUUUCAGAAAAUAUGUUUGUUUGUUUUUUUAAUGAUGUUCUGUACUUGACAAAUUAUGCUUUAGGUGACCAUACUGUAAUACAGGGGUGCUCAGACUUUUUCAGUAUGUGAGCUACUUUUAAAAUGAUCGUGUCUGAAAGAUCUACCACCUAAUACAAAAAUGUUAAACAUAUAUUUAUUUGUAAAUGUAUUAUGAAUUCUUACAUGUACAGUGCAUUUUGAUGUACCUUGCACAACGUCAUGAGAUAAUACUGCACAACACAAUUGAACUUCUUACAUGUUCAUAAUUACUUGUAUGAUGAUUACUGCUCUGAUGACUUGCACUGAAUGGAAUUAGUGAGGGAUGCAUAGUUCGGGCAGAAGCUUCUGAUAGCCAGCCAGGAGUAAAAUCGCAUUUUUCGUUUGAAAGCGAUAACAGAGCUCAUCAUGUGGAUUACGGUUUUGUCUUUUUUUUUAUAGCCAUAAAAAUCAUGUUAAACGAAGUAUCAUAUAAUUUACUGCAUUUUUUCACACAACUACUUCUAUUUUACACAUCCAUCCGUAUUCAUUUACGCAUCGAAUAAAUGAGUGUGAAA